AUGAUUCUUGUCUUACAUGCUAAUACAGUGCAAAUUUUUGUUUAACAUGCAAAGAAGGGCUUCAAUUCUAUAAAGAUAAAACUUGUGCAAUAUGCUAGAUAAAUAACGGAUUUUAUAUUAAAGAUAAUUAAUGUUUAGAAUGUGAUUAAUAUUGCCUUACAUGCACUGAAGAUAAGUGCUUAACUUGCAGAUAAGGUUAUUUUUUAACAAUAGGCAAAAAAUGUGUUAAAUGUGAUUAAGACAGGUAAUUCUAAGAAAAUGAUCAAUGCAAAGACUGUGAUCCUUCAUGUUUAAAUUGUAAUGGAACUCAAAAAAUUAAUUGCACAUAAUGUGAAAAAUCUUUAUUUUUAUCUCAAAACAAUGAGUGUGUAGCAUGCGAUUAAAGCGGGCAACAAAAGGUAGGUACUAAAUGUAUAUAGUGCGAUUCAUCUUGCCUAACUUGCGAUGAAAUUUAAAAUUAGAAAUGUCUAACAUGCAAACCUGGUUAUUAAUUGA